AUGGCGUCGCCUGCCGACUUUGCACGCUCUCAGGAGGUUGGCGAUAUGGAAGAAGCGCAUAAUGGUGGAGGGUCGAACGAGGCCGUGCCGCGCCCAAAGAGGAUCGCAUGUAUUUUGUGCAGAAAGAGGAAAUUGAAAUGCGACGGCAACAAACCGAGCUGCGGGACAUGCUCGAGGCUCAAUCAUCGGUGUGAAUAUUCGGAAGAACGAAAGAAGAGUGGCCCGAAGAGAGGUUAUGUCAAGUUACUCGAAGCGCGUCUCAAGCAGGUUGAGAACCUGCUCGAGUCGAGGGAGUCAACUGCGGCCACAUCCUCUGCCGCUUCACAAAUGUCGAAGGGAUCAGAAACAUAUGCGCCCGGUCCAUCGAUGCCCUCAAUGGAGAUACCCUCUUUUGGAGACGCGUCUAUGUCGGACCUCAUGCAGGAUGGUCCAUUCCCCGAUCCUGCCAUGGGUGGGCUCGACGACUUUACAAUGGAUGCUGGGAAUGACUUUUCUUGGGAAAUGAUAGGCCUAGGUCUGGAGGAAGCAUUGCCCCCGCGGGAGGUCAUAGACGAACUGAAUGAGAUAUACUUUGAAAAAGUCCAUCCGUCACUACCCAUGAUCCAGAAGGCUAGGUUUCUCGCUUCGAUGGAUCUGGCACCUCACCUGCGGCCACCGGCUUGUCUGAGGUAUGCCAUCUGGGCAAACGCCUGCGCAAUCACGCCCAAGUACUCUGCCUCCACACCGCACUUCUACGAGAGAGCUCGGAAAUAUGCCGAACUGGAUGAAAUGAGAGGCCUUGGAGAAAGCAUGAUCAGCGUUAGUCAUUGCCAAGCCUGGACGCUGCUGGCUUGUUUUGAGUUCAAACAUAUGUAUUUUCCGAGGGCUUGGAUGAGCGUUGGGAGAGCCGCGAGGUUGGCGCAAAUGAUGGGAUUGCAUCGACAAGAUGGUGCUGGACUCGACGUCAAACAGACCUUACCUCCUCCACGCGAUUGGACUGACCAGGAGGAAAGGCGACGAACCUUUUGGAUGGCUUUCUGUCAGGAUCGGUAUGCCUCUGUUGGGACUGGGUGGCCCAUGGUCAUCGAUGAGAAUGAUAUUCUUACCAAUCUUCCGGCCAGUGAGGAGGCUUUCAACAAGGGUCAACCGGAGCCCACACUCUCGUUGGGUGACCUCCUGAACGGCGACGGGGCUUCGUCAAUCUCGUCCUUUGGAGGUAUCAUCCUCAUGUCGACCCUAUAUGGCCGCAAUCUCACUCACCUUCACCGACCGGAGAAACAAGACAACGAUCACGAUCUCAACGGACCCUUCUGGAAGCGGCAUCGGUCUCUGGACAACAUCCUCUUGAACACAUCAUUAUCGUUGCCUCCACAUCUCCGCCUUCCAGCCGGGAUUAACGAUCCAAACACGAUAUUCCUCAACAUGAACAUUCAUACUGCAACCAUAUGUCUACACCAGGCCGCCAUAUUCAAAGCCGACAAAAACCGGUUGCCCGCUCAAAUCAGUGCCGAAUCCAAACGACGUUGUAUCGUAGCCGCGGAUCAAAUUACCAGCAUCAUGAAAAUGAUCAGCCAUCUGGAUAUGUCUGUGAUGAACCCAUUUCUUGCCUUUUGUCUCUACGUUGCAGCCCGAGUCUUCGUGCAAUAUCUCAAAGCGCGAAAGGAUGACGCGGCUGUCAAGUCCUCAUUACAAUUUUUGUUGAGUGCGAUGCACGUCUUGACGGCCAAAAAUCCGCUCACCGAGUCUUUUCUGGUCCAGCUCGACGUCGACUUGGAAGGUAGCGGUCUGAACGUUUCCAGCAAUGUCUUGCGCUGGAAGUUUGGCCAUCGGCCACCGGCCGAAGUUCCCGCUAAUACAGAUGCCUUGAAAUGCUCCCCGCUUUUCGAGAUACGUGAAAGCCAGCAAAGACUUAAUCCCAAGGGUGUCAAUCCCCCAUGGCCACAGGAAAUGAACAGCAUCGCAAAUGCCUUGAACAACCCGUUCCCACGCUUAUAUGCUUCCGGAGGCUCUAGUAGUAGUGGCCGGACAGGCCCGGCGUCGUCGAUUGCUGAAGGGUUCGACGGCAGCAGUUUCGAUCUUCCUCUUCACUCACUGAGCUCCGGCACUUCUCCUGAUACCUCGCACCAGGAAGGCGGCUCGAGCAGCAGACAACAUUCUAACCAGCCUACACCACCCAGUCUAUCCCACCAGACCUCCUCUGGCACCUCGUAUACCUCUCCGUCAAACCAAAUCUUUGGUGGUCAGACUCACUCCGCCAACGAUUCACAGCUUCCGAAGCCCCAGCAGCCCCAGCAGCAACAACAUACUUUCGGGCUCGCCGGGGGUGGUGGUGAUUCUUGGCACAACAACAUGAACCCAGCAGUCUUCCAACGAGCAAGCCCACCAACCAAUUCAGGUCAACAGCAGCAACAGCAGCCAUCCGUGGACUUUGGGAGUGCGGGCACAGGUUUAACUCCUGGACCGACGGGACUCACGCCCAUGUCGGACUCAAUGUGGCCUUCGACUGGGCUGGUGGGCGAUGCUAACGAUUGGAUGUUUGGAUGGACUGGGUCGACGCCGCAGCCUGAGCAAUGA